AUGGUUCUGUCGCUUGAAGAAACUUUACAGAAGGGGGAAGUGCUGGAGAGUCUGUUGCUCCACCCUCGAUCCUUCAGAUUCCAAGACGCCCCUGAAGUGGUCGUGGUGGCCGAGCAGUGGACGCCACACGUCCUCAUAAGGCGAGGGGAGAGGGGAAACUUCAUCGCCUCGGGGCCAAUGAUCAAUCUCCUGGACAUGGUGUCACACUCCAUAAACUUCACGUACAGGCUGGUGCGCCCGGACGAUGGAUCUUGGGGAGCUCCUCAAGCCAACGGCUCUUGGUCUGGCAUGAUGGGCGUUGUCAUGAGGAACGAGGCCGACGUGGGGCUGGGUCCCUUUGCGGUCAUGCGGAGUCGCUCGCUCGUGGUGCAGUACAGCCAGUCGUUGUUCUUCGACAGCACGGUGAUCCUGGCGAGCAAAGGGAAGCUGGAACACAAUCCGUGGAGUUUCCUUUUGCCUCUCGCGCCCGCAGUGUGGGCUGCGCUGUUCGUGGCUGCAACCUGUGCUUGUUCGGCUUUGCUGAUCUUGGGCGUGUGGGACUUCGUGUCUGGGCGGUUGAAUAGGGCAAUGGAUGUUCUCUUUUUACAUGUACGGACACUCCUGCAGCAGGGGCUGGGCUGUGACCUGCCCGGAUCAGCUGGGCGAUGGGUGGUCGGAGGGUGGCUGCUCGUCGCCAUGGUAACCACCUGGAGCUACACGGGAAACCUGAUGUCUCUGCUGACCGUAAGGCACGUGUCGUUGCCUUUCCAGACGGGCCAGGACAUCCUUGAUGAUCCACAUGUCAACGUCAUCAUGGAACAGGCUUCUGCUUAUACCGAUAUUAUGGAGAAUGCGAAGGAAGGGAUCCUGGCUGAUCUACACGCCCUGCUCAAGGUGGGCCGCAUGCACCACAAGCCGCUGAAUGCGAUGGCACAGUUCCUUGACACUUUGGUGAGGGAUGGCACUCACGUUCUCUUCAUUGAUGAAUCUACUAGUCGUAAACUACCGGCUGAUAUCUUCUCCAAAACAGGUCGCUGUGAGUUCUACAAAGCCCGUGAGACCUUUAUUCCUUUUUUUUAUGCAAUGAUAGGAAGGAAGAACUGUCCACUCAUCCCAGCCAUUGAUGCCAGGAUCCAACAGCUGCUGGCAUCAGGAUUAUACAACAAGUGGGUCCUCAGCGCUAUUCCCAACGCCACCGCGUGCGUGUCCCUUCCUUCCAGCAUCACAGUCAAAGAACCGCUGACUUUGGCUACCACCUGGGGCAUGUUCGUAGUGUUGGUGUGUGGCCUGAGUCUGGCUCUGAUUUGCUUCGUGGCCGAGAUUAUCCACCACCGUCUCAGUAGGGAGGUAGAGACAUCAGGAGCUCAAGUUUCAAGAAAUGCCUUCAAGAAGAAGAAAGAAAUCGCCCGGAAAUAA